AGAUUCCAAGGACAGAGAGUAACUUUGAGCAGCAUCUGAUUGUGAAGGCUUUCCUACUGAAGUUCAUGAACGCCUACGCCCCCAUCUUCUAUGUGGCUUUCUUCAAGGGACGGUACGUUAGGGGUUUGCCAUGCAGGCCGGGAGACUACGUCUAUUUUUUCUAAUGAAUACCGAUGGAGGAGUGUGCUCCUGGAGGUUGUUUAAUAGAGUUGUGUAUUCAGCUCAGCAUCAUCAUGGUGGGGAAACAACUCAUUCAGAACAACGUCUUUGAGAUCGGCAUCCCUAAGUUGAAGAAGUUGAUCCGAGCAUGGAAGGAUAAGGGGAUUUCAUUGGAGGAGAGAGAGGAGCAGCGUGCCAGACCUCCUCAACAGUGGAACCUGGACUACACCCUGGUCCCCUUUGAAGGACUGACCCCCGAGUACAUGGAGAUGAUUAUCCAGUUUGGUUUUGUGUCUCUGUUUGUCGCGUCGUUCCCUCUGGCUCCUCUCUUCGCUCUCCUCAACAACGUGAUCGAGAUCCGCCUCGAUGCCAAGAAGUUUGUCACCGAGCUGCGACGACCGGACGCUGUCCAAGCCAAAGACAUCGGAAUCUGGUACAACAUCCUGAGUGGAAUGGGAAAGUUCUCUGUCAUUAUAAAUGCGUUUGUGAUCUCGUUCACCUCAGACUUCAUUCCCAGGCUGGUGUACCAGUACAUGUACAGUCAGACAGGCACCAUGCACGGCUUCAUAGACCACACCCUCUCUCACUUCAACGUGUCCAACUUCAGACCCGGCAACGCCCCCACCUCCUCAAACCUCCCGGAGACCAUCGUCUGCAGGUAUAAGGACUACAGAGAGCCUCCAUGGUCAGCUGAAGCCUACCAGUUCUCUAAAACCUACUGGGCCGUCCUAGCUGCCAGACUGGCCUUCGUCAUCCUGUUCCAGAACCUGGUGAUGUUCCUGAGCCUGCUGGUUGCCUGGGUGAUCCCAGACGUCCCCAAGAACAUCAGUGAGCAGCUGAAGAGAGAGAAGACUCUGCUGGUGGACGUGUUCCUCCGGGAGGAGAAGGACAAGUUCCACCUCCUCCAGAGCCUCUUCUCCUCCAAGGACCAGCCCAGCCAGGGUCACCCCGACACGGCCCACUUCCGUACUCUACCCCUAGGCCUCUCUCAGGGCCUAGGCCAGCCCCCGGGCGGAGAGGGAGGGGAAUCCCGGGCGAGAUGCAGGGCUGCCAGUUUCAGCCAGUUCACCAGACAGAUGUCCAUGUCCCCUAGCAACAACGCGGCCCGACAGAUGUCCGUGUCCCCUAGCAACGACGCAGCCCGACACACAGCGGUCUGA